UUGGAAUAUCUUGUUUCUCAUCCUGCUGGCUUCAACACACCAUUUUGCUAUACUAAGAGCUGACGUUAUUACCACCUGCCAUAGUGAAGAUAGACGUCUUACUGGUUUUCCUCUACUACCGGAAGAGUACCACACUUACGCCAGCUUGAGAUUAAGGGACAAGGGAAUAAAGUGCUUAUUGUCCGAAGGCUGCUUGGGUCUAUAGUUAAGUCUCUACUUGGUUCGUUUCGUUCUUGUUGUUAUUACUGUUCUCUUACAUUUCUCUUACAUUUCUCUCCACCGGUUGCCCACGAAUAGCAUACGAUGAGUUCCAACGGCACUACAAAGGUCAAAUUGCCAUCCUUUAGAGAGCUGGAUGUCGGUUUACCAGAUCCUUUGGCAUCCCAUUCUCCAAAUGUCGGAAACAAUGUUCAAAAUGUCCCACGACAACAACCUGAGCACUCACAUGUUCAAGUUGCCUCCCAUAGUCUACCGGUGCUUCCAAUAAGCGGUAGAGGUGCGCACACACCUCAUGAGGCGCCAGUACAUUUGAUACCACCACCCAUGGCGUUGCUACAGCAAGUUCAACUCCCACAACAGCCAACUCCACAGCACACGCCGCGCCAACAAUCACUGCCACAGCUAGGAAGCACAGUGCAGCUACCUUCUAUGGGCUUAAACAUGGCACUUCCUGGACCACCCCAACAGCAGCAGCAUAUGAUGGCAGUACAGAUGCCACUUCAACCACAGCCUCAACCUCAACCUCUGCAUAUGAAUGUUGUUCAGAUUCCUCACAUUCAACAGGUUUCUCCGCCACAACACGUUCCGCAACCUAAUAUCACUGUUUUGCAACAUCAUCAACUAGCGCAUCAACCGCUCCAGGUGUUACAUGCUCAUACUUUAGACCAUUUGGUCCCAAAAAGGAAAAGACCUCGUCGUAAAGCUCAAGAGAUGGUUCGUCUCUACGCUUGCAACUAUGGUACAUGUAAAAACUCCUAUGGGACUCUAAACCAUCUCAACGCACAUAUCACAUUCAAGAAGCAUGGUCCGAAGAGAAAGCCGGAGGAGUUCAAACAGAUUAGAGAACUUUACAAGCUACAAAAGACAUCUAAUUCCAUGGACAAGUCUAAAGUAUUGGAUACUUUAGGUCUUGGAGAUAAGACAGAGCUCCCAGUGUUCCAUCAACAAAGAGGAUACAACGGGUAUGGUCGACACGACCAUACUUUGAACAAGAAUGAGUUAGAAAAGCUAAGUACUAACUGAUUCUGUUCGACGAGAUCCCAUUCAUGACUCUGCUGUCAAUGGCAUUCAUGCUCCAUAUCAUUGAAAUCUGUCUUCUCCCCCCUACCAUUGUUAUGCACCUCAAUACGGGGGACCAGCUUUCAAUGCUUGUGAAGCUAAGGCAUUUAAUAGUGUCUCAAACUAUCUUUUCUGGAGGGUGUCACUUGUUCUCUGACAAAUUAUACAAUACAUUCCACUCACAACAUCACUCAUGUGUGAUGAUCGUUCAUCAGUACUCUUAACCAGUUUGUGUUUUUAUAUAAUACUUGACGUUGUAAGAAAUUGAAAAGGUUGUUCAAUACACGAAUAGUUCAUAAUUUU